AUGGCGUCCGAGGUUCUUUAUAGGAACUCCACAGUCAAUAAGGAGCUAUCAGAUGUGUUGGUGUCACAUUUAAAGGGUGUAGGGCGAAUGUUCUACAUACAUUCCCCUGAAGAAACGUUAUAUGAAAAACCGGAAGAUGUGCCAAACUUCUUUAGACAGUCAUUCCCAUACUUCAUAAUAUUUAUGAUAAUUGAACAUAUAGUGCUAAGAUUAGAAGGCAAGAAAGGGAUUCGAUUAAAUGACGGCGUGACAAGUAUAUCACAUGGAAUAUUUCAAGAAUGUGGAAGAUUAAUAUGGCGUGGGGCAGAGUCGUAUUUAUACACAUGGAUAUACAGUAACUAUAGAAUGGUGGACCUCCCCUGGGAUAAUACAUUGACGUGGUACGCCGCCGCUUUGGGAGUCGAUUUCUGCUAUUAUUGGAUGCACAGAGCUUGUCAUGAGGUUCACAUACUAUGGGCCCAGCAUCAAGUGCAUCAUACAUCAGAGGACUUCAAUAUGGGCGUUGGCAUCAGACAGUCGGUGUUGCAAGGAUGGUGUGGAUUUGCGUUCUACUUACCACUCGCCCUAGCGAUCCCGCCCGCCCAGUUUGUGAUGCACCACCAGUUCAGCUACUUGUACAUGUUCUGGAUUCACACGGAGGCCAUCAAGAGUCUUGGACCCUUAGAGUAUAUUUUGAAUACUCCAAGUCACCACAGGGUACACCAUGGCAGCAACAAGUACUGUUUGGAUGUCAACUAUGGCGGAGUUCUCAUCAUUUGGGACAGGUUGUUCGGUACAUUUAGACCGGAAACUGACAAAAUCGAAAUUGUCUACGGUCUCAUUUACAACCAGCCAUCGUUUAACCCAUUCUAUUUACAAAUUUUCUAUACGGGAUAUGUGAUAGAGAAAUUCCGUAGCUUUGAAAAUUGGGAACACAAGAUCAAAGCGAUAGUUUGGGGCCCGAGCUGGGAGCCUGGGACAGCGAGACUUGGAGAUGACGAUUUGAAAGAAGAUAUUCAAAGUAGAGAAAAAUACGACGUGACUCUCCCUACGUGGUGCAAUGGCUACAUCGUAGUACAUUAUGCUGUUGUUUUCUAUGGUUUCUUUGAACUCGCCUCCAGAUAUAUGGGCAUGACACCGUUCUCAGUUCUGAUUUUCGUAUUUUACGUGAUGGCGUCGCUAACUAUUAUUGGAAUGCUAUUCGACAACUCAAAAUACGCUCCACUGUUGGAGGUUCUUCGUUGUUCAGCCCUCGCUUUCCUCACGAGAAGCAUUUCUUCACCAACUCCUGUCACAACCCUUCUGCAAAUAUUCUAUGUCGCAUCAGCUAUGUUCUGGUGCCUUAAUACCAUGAAGCUAUUGGAAAUUAAGAGAACUAAACUAGAAUAA